CUUCCUCGACGCUCACUGCUCGUCGACCCGUCGAGCCAUCGACAACCGGGUUGGUACCGGAGCAGCGAGAGAGUUUUUAAAAUCGUCCGUCACAACGUCCAGGAGACCGUCAGUCGGCAGUCAGGAAGACGAAGAGACGAGAAGUGAGAGAUUGACGGGGUCAUUUGACCGUUCGGCCGUCUUGUGCUACGUGGACUAACGUCGAAAAAGGAACGAUGGAGAAGGAACAGCCGGACUCCCUGGCGACGGUCGCCGUUGUCUCGGAGAAGAUGCCGCAGACCCACAGCCACUACGCGCCCAGCGAAGUCUACUCCACCGCGGAACCGCCACCGGCAUAUAUGAGACCGCCGACGAAGAGCACAGCGGUUCAGAUCGCGAGAAUCGCCGCCAUCACUCUGAUCACGAUGUCCAUAGUGCUCGGCAGCUUCAUCCUGGCGGCUUCCUGGGUUCAGGCCAGAGCCUCCUGCACGCCGGAAUCGAUCGCGGCUAUGCAGGCCGAGUUGAAGUUCAAACAGCAACGACAUGCUGGAGUGUAUCAGCCGCAGGGUGAAUUCCUGAAGCAUUUGCAGCCGGAGGCUCUGAUACAGGAAUCCGUCGAGUCGAAGGAUUCUCUGCAAAGUCUUGCUGCGCCAACGAAGAAGGAUGAGCCGGAUACUAAGGACGUGAAAAUCCAAGGAGACGGAGAGAACAACUCGAAAUCUGACAGCGAGAGCGGCGAUGACGACGACGACGAUUAUGAUGACGAUGAAUUCCCGCCCGUGCACAUUAAGCUUCCUCUUCAGUUGGAUCUUGACGACAUUGCAGGCACACUGAUUCAACAAGCUCGCAGCAGAGUUUCCUGCGUGGUCGAACGACGACGAGCCGACGAGGUGAUGGACGGAACCGGCGACAACACUUUGGAUAACAGCACCGAUCCGCAGCGUUUCCAAAGACUGAGCGGCGAGCGAGUUGCCAUCCUUUGCGAAUCGGGCAAUCCAAAUCAGGAACAACAGGAGCAGGAAAUGCUCACUCCGAUCAUCGUGCCUCUCGGCACCGUACAGAUUCCUCUCCAAUCGCAGGAACCUAAUCCGGGCUACCAUCAAUAUCAGAUACACACGCAGUAUCAGGUUCCCGAUAUGCAGCAACUGCCGCUCAGCGACCCACGAGGAUUGAAUCACAUCCCGCCGGGUGUACUUCCGCCUGAGCUCCGAAAUCUUCCUCAGUUGGCCAUGGAAAUGAGACCACCUCGAAUGGGUCCGCAGACGCCCAUGAUGGGACCUCAGAACCCGAUGGGACCACAAAUCGACAUGCGUCAGAUUCCCAUUGAAUUACGUCACUUCCCGAUGGACCCGAUGAGGGGAAUGCGACCGAUGGGUCAAGAGCCUCCUCGCCAGGAACCUCAGAUCUCGAUAAUGUAUCAGCAGCAGGCUGAGCAAGUUCCUAAUUCCUACAACCAGGAGCAACAGGGUCCGAUUAUGAUGCCGCCGCCUCCACCGCAGGCCGAGGCGCAGAUCCAAGAACAGAGAAUACCGCAGUCGCCCAUGAUGAUCCCACAGAUCCCACAGAUCCCACAGACUGAACAAAGACCGCCUGCACCACCUCAGGCCGAACCCGAGAAGCCGCGCUCACUCUUCCAGGGCAUUCCAAUUGAGAUCAGAAGAAUCAUUCAACAGGUACCGCUGGAGAUCAAGAACAUCAUCCAGCACAUCGGCGAGGCCAGGCCGUUCCCGGUUCAAGUGCCAGAGGGAGCACGUCGUGAGGAACUCAAGCCGUUCCCAGAAGGCGCACGUCCGAUACCAUUAGGACCAUUCCCACUUCCGGUGGAAGUGAGGAAUUUGAUCGAGCAUGGAAACAUCGAAGGUCGCCCACGCCCGAAUGGCGGUAACGAGCAGCAGGAAGCGAAACCCUUCCCAGGCCCGGAGGAUGACAGCGACGAAACUGAAAGAAACUUCCCCGUGCCUAUGGAAAUUCGUAACAUAAUUCACCAGGUUGUAGAAGGUCGUGCCUUCCCGGUUCCGAGAUUUGCGUUGAACCCGAUCGAAUCCAUGGAUGUACCGGUCGAAGCGCAUGCUGAAGUAACCGACAGCCAGUCCACGGAGCAGCAACCCGAACAACGACAACAGGAACAACACCAGGAGACACACGUGAUGAUUCAGCAAGAACAGCAGCAAGAGCAACAACAGCAGCCGAUGCAGGAGGAGAAGGCUCGCCCACACUACGUGCAACCGCGUUCCGUGCGCUCCGCACCAGACGAGGUCUUCCUUCAUCGUCGUGAGAAGCGCGUCCGUCGUUGCGCCUGUGACUGCGCGUGCUGAAGGAUGCAAUUGAGCGUAUCCGUCGGACGGAACAAGUUUUCAAAGGUCCGUCUGAAAUAAAGAUAAAAAGAAAAGAAUUCUAAAAGCACGCCAUCAGAUACGCACACUUUGAUCAGAUGUUUGCAAUUGUUAUGGUCCUGGCAAAUGAAGCAAAAUGCGACAUAUUUCGUCAAACGUUGCAAAUGCUGAGUGCACAAAAUUUCAAGUUUUUCCCAAGUUUCGAGAACUUCCGACAACAAGCAAAAAUGUUUUCCAACGAAGAAUUAUAUCAAUAAACUACAUUCGUCGAAUAUAAGAAAAUAUUGUGCGAAGUAGAUAAAUAUUUUUUAUAUCUCGCGUGGCACAAUCAGAGUGCUGAUGAAAACGAUUACUCGAUGACAGUUAAAAAUAAGUGUGCUUAUCGAAAAAUAAUAUCCGGUUUCAACAAUAACCCGAUAUAUCCAAUUGAUUUCUAGAAUAUUUACCCUUCUCUAUUGAUCAAUCAGUACGAGAUGAGCAAAUCAUUUAUAAAUGUUACGUUUUACCAACAAUCUGCGAGUUGUUGAUGAGACUAGGCACGAGUGAUACUUUCUAAAUUCGUUGUUUGUAUCGUUAUAUUCAUUCAUAGAGAGAAAGAAUGGAAAGAUAGUUUAGAAAUCUGUGAUUCCUCUACAUAAAACCCUGUGAAAAACAUGCUUCUGAAAACGCUGCAUAUAUAUAUAUAUACGAUUUUAUUUAAAAAAAAAAGGUUAAUGAUGAAUUUUAUUAGAUAUUUCCGUAUAAUAAUCGUCUUUUGUAUCCCGUUAUUAAUUUCGCAUUUUUAUCUUCCUCUUGUCCUCAUACUUCGCCCUUUAAAAGUGACGAAAAGAAAAAUCAAAAUUUAUAAAUUUAAAAAUUUCUCAACUUCUAUAGAACACUACGUUGUACGUUAGUUCGAUUGAUUAUUUACGGAUGUAUUUCUAUACGCGUUAUAUGCGCCUAUCGAAAAUGAAUUUAAGCUCUGAGCGUUUUAUUGAUUUAUAUCUUUAUGUACUGUUUUUUUUUUUUUCAUGACAAGUAAAUAAAGUGACAUGAUAUUGAUUAGACUUAA